AUGGUGAAAAGCUUCCCUUUUUGUGUGAGUGAGAGAAAGGCUUGUGUGAAAAACGGUGGCGGUGCGAACGCUCAACCGGCACAAAGACCUGGCGCUAAGCCGUCGACCAUUGCAGCCAGUGGUGAAGAUGGAGGAGACUCAACGAGAUGGUUCGUCGUGUCGUUGUCGACUUCGUCGAAGGCUGCGGCGGCGAUGGCGGCGACGGAGGCCUACAAAGCGUUGGCAAACAUUUGA